UGACGCGACUAACAGAUUCAGAUUGAGAACGCUGUUUAGUUGUGAGUGUAGUGUGUAGUGUGUGCACCACUCCAUCUCCAUUUACUCAUACAACACUUCCUUUUUUCCUUUUUUUCCUCAUUAUUUCCACUUCUCAGUUCGAUUCCCAAAACGACCCAAUCGAAUUUGAAACCCUAGAAGAGGAAGAGGAACCGCAAUGUGGAAGUGGUUAUGGAAAGAGCCAGAGGCACCGCCACCGGUGGUGCUGGUUCCUCCUCUCUUCGACUUCCCUCCGCUUGCGGCGCGCACGAGGAUGCUUGAAUCCUCCUACGAUGUAUUGUUCGGGAAACUCGCGUUGAGGUGCCUCUUCAACGAUUAUUUUCAACAAGCGAGGCAUUUCACCACCAGAAUCAUGCUUAAGCCUAUUGAUGAUCCUCACGUUGAUCUCAUCGCAACGGUUUCAGGUCCGCUUGAUCGUAAGCCAGAAGAAAAUAUUAUUGGAAAUGCGUUAUUUCGCUGGCAAAGUGAUGUUAACGAUCCUCAUACAUUCGUAGACCUUUAUGUAUCAACGCUGAAUCCAAUUUUGCAGAUGAGAUCGAGCGCUUACUAUCCGAAAUAUGGAUUUGGGGCUUUUGGUGUGUUCCCUUUGCUGUUGAAGAAAAGGUGUGUUUUGUUUGAUGAUGGUGAAUCCUCUCAAGAUUAUGGCCUUAUGGGGUUGAGAUAUGGUUCUGGAAAUCUAUCAUUUGGAGUCACACUUAUGCCUUUUGCCAUAAAAGAUGAAUUACCAAAAUGUGCAUGGCUGGUAAGCAGGAUGGGAAGGGUAACUGCUGGGGUGCAGUAUGAGCCACAGCAUAAAAAUGCAAAACUUUCAAAUUUGAUGAAUUGGAGUUGUGCCUUGGGCUAUGGUGGGGGAUCAGGCAGCCCCUUGAGUCCAUCCUUCAAUUUCAAUCUUGAGCUUGUCAAAAGCUCUCAGUUUAUUGCCUCAUUCUAUCAGCAUAUGGUUGUUCAAAGAAGGGUGAAGAACCCCCUUGAAGAGAAUGCUGUUGUUGGAAUUACGAAUUAUAUUGAUUUUGGGUUUGAGUUACAAACAAGUGUUGAUGAUGCCAUAGCAGCAAACAAUAUCUCAGACUCCAAUUUUCAAAUAGGCGCAUCGUGGCAAGCCAAUAAAAACUUCUUGCUGAAGGCAAAGGUUGGACCACGUAGCUCAUCAAUGGCAUUUGCAUUUAAGUCAUGGUGGAAACCUUCUUUUACUUUCAGCAUUUCUGCCACUAGAGAUCGUGCUGAUGGUAAAAUGCAAUAUGGAUUUGGCAUCCAAAGUGAGAGUCUAAGAGAAGCCAGUUAUCAAAGAGCUGAUCCCAAUUUUGUAAUGCUCACGCCAAACAAGGAGCACCUAGCAGAGGGCAUUGUCUGGGAAACAGGGAAGCGACCUAUGCUACAAUCUGACAUAGAUGCCGGACAUUUUGAUGGCUUACCCAGGGAAUUAAGACCUUUUGAUAGAAUUUUGUAAUUUCUUUUUUUAGCUCCAUUUUUCCUCUUGUAGAUAAUGCAUGUAGUCUAGGGCACUGCAUUCACUCAGUAACAAGAAUGUUAAUGCGAUAUGCUGCAUUUUUUAUGUUAGGGAUCUUGCUUAUUGUGCACUUUUGAUGGCUUACGG